AUGUCCGGUGGAAUUUUCUCCCCCCUGGAGAACCUUUGUGACCUGGACAACGCUAACUGCCACCCACUUGUGUGUUUUCUAUGCCACGAGCAGUAUGGGCACCCUUGCCUCCUGGAUUGUUACCACAACUUCUGUGCCAGCUGCCUGAGGGGCCGGGCCAUUGACAGCCGCCUCACCUGUCCUCUCUGUGGACACCAGUCCAUUGUGAAAGGCAGCGGCCUGCCCCCCGAGGACCGGCUCCUCAAGUUCUUGGUGGACAGCUCUGGGGACUGCGAGGAGGAAGCGCAGUGUGCAAAUUGCGACCUUCAAUGCAAGAAGCAGGACUUGGAUGCCAUGUAUUUCUGCAAUACCUGCAACCAGCCCCUCUGUGCCAAGUGCCGCGAGGAAACCCAUAAAGCCAAGAUGUUCUCCCGUCACGAGAUCGUCUCGCUGACCAAGCGCACCAAAGACAUCCACAAGAAAUGCCCACUUCACGAAGAGCUUUACAUCAUGUUCUCCACGGAGAAAAAGUCUAUGUUGUGCAUUAACUGCUUCCGGGACAUGCCAGUGGAGAGCCGAGCACACUGCAUCGACAUCCAGACUGCGUAUAUGCAAGGCUGCGAGAAGCUGGACCAGGCGGUGAUGGCCGUGAAAGAGCUGCAGACCUCCACACGCGAGGCCAUCGUGCUCCUCAAAGCUAUGAUUGAGGAGGUGCGCAACAGCGCGGAUGAAGAGGAGACGGCCAUCAACACCCUCUUCAGUAACAUGCAGGACAGGUUGGCAGAAAGGAAGAAGAUGCUUUUAAAAGGGGUCCAGAGUCAGUACGAAGAAAAAGAGAAAGCCUUCAAGGAGCAGCUCACUCACCUGGCAUCGCUGUUGCCCACUCUACAGGUCCACCUGGUGACCUGCUCUGCUUUUCUGAGCUCUGCUAACAAAGCCGAAUUCCUGGAUUUGGGCUACCAACUGAUGGAGAGGCUGCAGAAGAUCGUCAAGCUGCCCCAUCGAAUGAGGCCCUCCCAAACCAGCAAGAUUAACACCGAAUACAGGGCCGAGUUCGCACACUGCUUGGAGCCGCUGCUCUUUCUAACUCCCCGUCGCUCAGUUGUGGUGAACGGAGGAAGCAUCGGGCCUGGGAUGAACAAUGGAAACAUGAUCUCCGGAGGCCCCUGUUCCAAGACGCUGAUGGUGUCCAGCUGCCCCUCAGCUUGCGAAAAGAUGUCCCUGACAGGCUCCGUGGUCCGGAAGCCAACGAUGCAUCGUUACAUCAGCACCAAGGUCUUGCUGGCCGAGGGGGGAGAGACGUCAUUCACGGAACACUGCCGCAACUAUGAGAACAUGUACCGGAUCCUCCAAACAGAGAUUCAGAACCUGAAGGAUCAAGUGCAGGAGCUGCACCGCGACCUCACCAAGCACCACUCCCUCAUUAAGACGGAGAUUAUGAGCGACAUCUUGCAGAAGUCCCUGCAGAUGGACGUGCAAAUUGCUUCUGAGUACUCGUCCGUGGAGAUGAUGAGGAGCAUGUUCGAAGAGUCCUGGGAAGAAACCUACCAGCGAGUGGCAAAUGAACAAGAGAUUUAUGAAGCCCAGCUGCACGACCUUCUGCAGCUGAAACAAGAAAACAGCUACCUGACCACCAUCACCAAACAGAUUGCCCCCUAUGUCCGCUCCAUCGCCAAGGUGAAAGAACGGCUGGAGCCCAGGUUGCAGGACGCAAAGGAGAAGGACAGCCAGGCCGAGAACCUGCUUAAAAUCUACGAUGACAGCACAACGGCGAGUGGCGACAUCCUGCACAGGACCGACGCAAGCGACGAAACCCCCGAAGACCGAGAGAGGCCCCCAGAAUCCAAAGCGGAAAGCCAGGCACUCAACCCGGCCACCGAAAAUCCGCCGUCGAAAACCAACGACUGCUGCAAGAGCCAGCCAAAAGGCUGGGGCGGCGGUGCCAGCCGCAUGAGCAACAGACCGGUGUUUGGCUUGUCACCCCUGGGAUCGGUGCAGGGAGCUCUGCUGUCCAUGAGGCUGGUCAGUGUGAGUAGCUCCUCCACCUGCCUCCUCCUGGGCAUUUGCUGUACUUGUAUCGGGGGUGGGGGGAUUGGUUUUGUCAUGCCUUACAGGAAGCAUGUAACCUAG